CUUCCCAACAACUUUUAAAGACUAUUCAUACAGCUUUGACAGAAAUAACGAUCAACGCUCCGGACUUUGAAACACUUUUAUUCUUUAAAACUGCGUCAAAGUUAUAUCGUGAAAAAUUAUUACCGCAAAACUUUACCUUUUCGGAUAAAAUGGUUUUAUUACGAAGAAUAGCAAAGAAAUAUUCUGCUGCUCCUUUGACGGAUGAUGUCAAAAAAUUAAAAUGGGAUACUGUUACUUAUGCUCAUAUGCUUCGCAAGCAUGAUCUAUCACUACUUCACUUAUCGGUAUUUCCAAUAUCGAUAAUCCUAUACCUUCCACUUUACUUAUUUUUAAUAGGUUUAACUAUUCCUGGGUUAAUUUUCUUUUGCCCAAUUGGUCUCAUCGCUCAAUACGUCGGAAAGAAACAGGGUGAAAAUACCAUGUUAUAUGAUGAAAAUUCAUUAGCUGUUACGCAGUGGCCUG